AUGGUUGUUCUUUAUGAUGACGUUCUUUUUCUCAUACUUGACCAUAUCUACGACACAAAAGAUCGUCUUCGACUUCUAUUAGUGUGUCGUCAAUGGUACACGGCACUUCUUCACAAGGCUUACGAGCGCAUUAGUGUUGAAAACGAUCAAGUCUAUGACCUUGUGUGUUCAAUUCAACGAAACCCCAAAAUCGGUCCCUCUAUCCAAAAUCUAGAUCUCGAAUGGGGAUGGUGCUGUAACGACAGUGUCGAAUACAAUUUGGGCCCAUUCAAGGAUAUCCUGGACCAAGCAAGCCCUUCUUCAGAGCAUCGCACGAGUUGGGAAAAGGACCUACUCAAGGGAGAAUCUGACGCGUGGCUCGCAUUACUCAUGCCAUCAUUGGAAGCGGUCAGAACCCUAAAGAUCCAAUACCCAGGCUACUCAGAUUAUUUCUUUCCUAUGCUAGCUCGAGCAGCCGCCCGGGAAGCGCCAUUUGAUACCAAACCCGUAUUGCAGGGUUUGCAGACUGUCCAUGCUGAAUGUGAAGAUAACAAAACUGCUUACUUGGCCAAAGAAUGUUUGCCGGUGCUGCAUUUUCCAUCUAUACGAUCGUUCUCCGUAAAUUCGAUGUGUGAAGCUUUGGAUGACCAUGAUGUGAAUUAUUCCAAGCCUGCACCUGGAACAUCUGCGAUUACGAAACUGGAUUUUCAACAUUGCAAUGGUAGUAAUGGGAUGAUUGACUACAUCAAAUCAUGUGCCAAUUUGGAAUUCCUUGAAUACCAGCACGAUAACAAGGCUAUCUGGGGUGAAUUGUAUUUCAACUUUCGCCCUUCGGAAUUUUACACCGCUCUAUUUACCCAGAGACAUAGUCUUCGGGUACUUAGGUUGAAUAAUAAUGGAGAGAUCGAAGGAGACGAUGAAUGGGACUCAGAUGAUGGAAAGGACUACACAGGUUUUGGAUCUCUAGUUGAAUUCCAGCAGCUGCGUGAACUUCGGAUGCCAUUGCGUACGCUUUUACAAUUUGGUCAGAAUGAUCACCCGACUGUGUCUUUGCUAGAGGUUCUCCCACCUAGUCUAGAACAUCUCCAGCUUGCUGGGUAUCGUGAUGAGGAAUUCGACCUGAUAAUGAAAAAUAUGCAACUUAUGCUACGGCAACGACAGAAGCGAUUCCCGAAUCUCAAAAGAAUCGAAAUUCAGCCUGUUGUUAUGGAGCGGGACUACUCUGUCCUGACUUAUCCCGCCCUCAAAAUCCCACAGUUUGUCAAACAGGCAUUCGCACCGUUGAAGAUGCAAUGUGAUGACUUGGCAAUCCACUUUGACUUCACAAAAGACGGAUACCAUGAGAUAUUAAGCCCUGGUCCACUGUACACUUAA